UUUCGAGAUGAAAGUUGUGAGGGUAGUGCGAGUAUAGUGUUUAACAAGAAAAAGUUAGGGAAAUAUUGCUUAACUCAAUCUUUUUGUGUAACCGUCAAUGCUGUUCUUUUCUACUAUUCUUCUGUGGUAAAACCAUGAUUGGCCUAAUGCAGGUGACAGUUGUUGUGAUGUGUGCAGUACUUGCGGUUCAAUAUGUAAAAUGUGACUUCUCAUUAGUUAUUUUGCACACCAACGACAUGCACUCACACUACAAAGAGGUCAGCGAAGACCUACUACGGUGUCAAGAGCCGUCAGCAAAGUGCUACGGAGGGUUCGCCAGAGUCCUGAGCUCCCUUAUCAGAUUUCGUAGGGAAGCCAAGGGAAGAGGAGUCCCGACUCUCUACUUGGACUCUGGAGACGUCUUCGGAGACACAGUGUACUACACGGAGUUCAAAUGGGAACUUGCCGCAGACAUGAUGAAUCUGCUAGAGCCACAAGCCAUGGGCCUGGGGAGUCACGAAUUUGAUGACGGUAUAGAAGGGCUCGCUCCAUACAUCAAGAAAGUUAAGGCACCGGUAGUCUGCUCCAACAUUGACACCACAAAGAUUCCUGACCUCCAAUCAGUCAGUCGGUCCACAGUGAUAACCUUGGAGGAGGGAGAAAACAAAGCUAAGAUCGGCAUAGUUGGAUAUGUAACUAAGUUUAUAUCUAAAAAGAAUCUUAAAAAACCUGAUUCUCCUGAGGCUGAAGCGAAGAUUGAAGAUGAAAUUAAAUCUCUAAAGGCUGAGACAGAGAGGUUGAGAAAGGAAGAGAAAGUAGACAUCAUCAUCGCUCUGGGGCAGUCCGGGUACGACAUGGACCAGAUCAUAGCCAAACAUGUAGGAGAAAUCGAUGUGAUUGUCGGAGGACAUUCUCACACCUUUUUGAGCGAUUAUGAAAUGUCGAACAAUAAAAAGGCUGGACCCUAUCCGACGAUUGUUUCGCCAAUAGAGGACCCAAAAAAACGAAUCCCGAUAGUCCAAGCGUACUACGGAACCAAGUACAUGGGCCAUCUUGAAUUAAAGUUUGACGAUAAGAUGAAGCUGAAAGAUUUCAAAGGACAGCCGGUUUUAUUAAAUGGGUCACCAGACGCCAAAGCUCUUAAAGAUAUUGAAAAAGUUUUGAAAAGUAAAGACGAAAUCAUAGCUGCAAAAUACGGGAAAAAAAUUGGAACCACAGAGGUGGCUUUGAAAGGUGGAUCAUCUUACUGCAAAUUUGGAGAGUGCACAAUCGGAAAUUUGAUUGCUGAUGCUUUUGUAGAUUUUGUCAGUGCAAACUACAAAGCUAGUAAUGGCAAGCCUGUAUUAAUAGCUCUGGUGCCUUCUGGAUCCAUCAAGGCGUCUCUGUUCGGCAAGUCUGUUCCUGGUUACACGGGAGAUAUCAUCCUGGAGGAUUUGGUGAAUGUUCUUCCCUACAGAAACUCUCUGGAAGUUGUAGUGAUGAAGGGAAGUCAUCUGAAGGCCUUGCUGGAGAAUUCUGUGAGGAAAUGUGAUGUGAGGAAACACAACAGCAAUCUGUUUGAAGCUAGUUUGUUACAAGUCUCCGGGCUGGUAAUGAAGUUCGAUCUGGGGAGACCAGUAGGCAAACGUGUGGUCAGCGUGAAGGUGGCUGAAGGGAAGGUCUACAGGGAACUGAAAAAGGACGUACUCUACAACGUAGUUAUGACUGAUUUCUUCACUCACAGCUACGGUAAUGACUUCCUAAAAGAUCUUAAAAGAGUUGUUUCUUUUAACAAAGAUAAUAUAGAUUACAUGGCUGUUGGGAAGUUCAUCGAAAAAUCAAAAACCAUCAAAAUGAGUGGAAAAUAUGCAAAACCUAUUGGUCGUAUUACUAUCAAAAGAAACGGCCCAAUCAGAAUGUUGAAAUUGAAAAUACAAAGCUGGUUCCGCAGGUUUUUUUCACCUUUCCACUUUUUUUAAAGUCUGUAUUCAGUCGUUUAGUUACAAUGCUUUAAUAGUUCAGCAACUAUGUACUGGUUAU